UUCAUUCGAAGCGAAUAAGUAUCGGAGUGCUUUCGAAUAGACCUUUAACAUGAACAAUUUGUAAUCAAUAUUAUUUAUUUGAGGAAGCAAAAGCGUGAAUAAAAACGUUAAAAAAUAAAAUACAGUGAUAUUUAGUGCAUCAUGUGAAAACUUUAACUAUUUAAAAAUUACAUUAAUCAAAUAAAUUUGUUUCAAUUUUAAGCAAGUAAAAUUUUAACGCUAGAUAUAAAUUCAAUUUCAAAAUGAAAAAGUCUGUUUGGAAAGUUCCUCGUGAGAGUCAAAUAUGUGUCAAAGACCAUCCAAAAAAUAGAAAUCAAUGUGUACAGUGGACUCUAUUUAUUAGUGUUUUUCUAAUGAGCCUUGGACUUGCAUCGUUAGAAAUGUGGAUGACUCCAGCUCUAGCAUUUUUAAUAAGCGACGACUUUAAAUUUCGAAUUUCAGAAGAUGAAAUUUCAGUGCUAGCUUCCAUCUUCAAUGUAGGCGAGAUUCUUGGUUUUCUCACGUAUCCGUUGUUAAUCGAUCGUUUCGGCCGAAAGUACACCCUAAUUAUCUUCGCAUUCCCUCAAAUACUGUCGUGUACCUUAAUUUUCAUUGCUAAAAACAUAAUAACACUCUACUCAGCUCGAAUUAUUGGCGGAUUUAGCCUAGGUGCAAUGCUUGUAACGCAAAUAAUAUUUAUGAACGAAGUAGCAGAUGAAGAUAAUCGUGGCCUAAUAAUGUCCAUUGCAUGGUUCUCGUCAUCAUUGGGAAGCAUCAGUUCAAUGCUUCUUGGUGCUUUUCUUUCAUACGACACAAUGAAUUUAAUAAUUCUAUUAAUUCAACCAGCAUUUAUUAUCCCCUUUCUUCAAGUUCCAGAGUCGCCGUAUUUUUAUUUGAAAGUCAAUCGCGAGGAUGAGGCAAUUGAAAGUUUAUCGAAAUACAGAAAAAAUAACGAUCCUCAAUCAAUAAUCUUGCAAGUGAAAAGAAUUCAGGAAAGUAUUGAGGAGGAGAAGGGCGUAAAACUCACUAUACGAAACAUUAUCCAAAACAAAUGUUAUCGAAAAGGAUUUAUUAUAAUAACAAGCAUAAAAUUGGGUACGCUUUUCUCCGGUAAUGGGGUCAUUCUAGUUUACAUACAGGAGAUAUUCAUGUACACUGGAUUUUCUUUGGCACCGGAAUAUUCAACGUUAAUUGUGACAACGUCGUCAAUUGUGUUUGUCGUGCCAAUUCUCUAUUUGGCUGACAUAUUUGGCAGACGAUAUGUCAUUAUAUAUGCCAGUAUCAUAAGUUUCAUAAGUUUAUUUUAUUUAGGUUUAUUUUUCUUUAUGAAAAAUUAUUUACAAAUUGAGAAUUUAUCAUCCAUCGCUUGGACACCACUGUUGGCAAUUAUUAUUUUUAUUAUAACAACUGAUAUAUUAGUUAGUACGUCAAUGAUACUUUCUGGUGAAAUAUUUUCCAUUCAAGUUAAAGGUCCUGCCCUGUCUUUUAUAUACAUAAAAACAAAAAUUGUUGAAGUUUUGUUGAAACUCAGUUUUUCGAGUUCUAUUCGAACUUUUGAUAUGUACGGUACAUUUUGGACAUAUGCGGUUGUUUCAUUUUUAUUUUUCAUGACCACUUUAAAAUUUCUACCGGAAACCAAAGGGAAAAGUUUAGAAGAAAUCCAAUUAUUACUGAAUUGAAACGACAUUUAAUAAAACGUUUAACAAUUUUUAAUAAGUUAUGAAAAAAUGUAUUAAACGAAAUUUUCAGAUUAAAUUAAUUGCUAGUUUUUUUAGUUUUUUUUUUAAAAUAGUAUGACAAAAAUUAGAU